CAAAGGGUUAAAAGGCAUGCUUGUGAAGAGGGCUUUCAUGUGCUUGGCCCCGCCUCUUAUGGGCAGUGGCAUCACAGUGUAAUUGGCACUCAUUCAGGGAUCAGUCAGUGUCCUGUUGUGAAUGGGUUUGUUCCACAUCAUUUCAGCUGUCAAGAGAAGCAGACUAGCUGAGGAGGGUAGAGCAUGAGGGAGAGGAGAGGAGCAGAGAGUGAGAGAAAGCAAGAAGCCAGGCUGAGGCAUGGAGAAUAGCCAAAAGAAGGUGAGAUUCAGACUAGUAUGAAGACCAUGGAGCAGCACGGGGAGACAGUGCCUCUUCCUGGGGAACCGGAGACACAGAGAAAUCUAUCUGAACGAAGGUACCAGAAAAAAAAAGCAGAGGAGACUUUCCAGGAACACAUGCAGAAGGUGACAUCUGAUAGAAAAAUGUGAUUAACAAAAAGUUCGAGGCCAGCAGAGAUGCUAAGAAGAUUUCUUUGAAAAAAAAAGAAGAAGAUUACAAGAAGAAGAACCUGGGGAUUCUAUUUAAAACAAAAAAAAGAAACUUAAGAAAACUGACAAUGGGAAAAUGUAGUUUCAGGAAAUCGGGGUCGAGCAAAAGGAAAAGGACAGACGCACAACUGUAGCCCCAGCUGUUAGGAAGAAGAAGAUAGAGAGAGUGGAGGGAAAGAAAAACAUGAGUUUACCAACAAACUGUGGCUUUUUGACUUUGACUGAUCUGUCCUUAAAAUUACGAAAUGGGAAUAUCUUUGGGUCUCCUUGUGCUGUCAACCAGCCGAUUGAUAUCGUACAGAAACGAAAGCGUUUUGAUGUUGAGAAUGGCCUGUCGGUGGGACGGAGCCCCCUGGACCCCCAGGCUAGUCCAGGGUCCGGCCUCAUCCUGCAAGCCAACUUCCCCCACAGCCAGAGGCGGGAGUCCUUCCUGUACCGGUCAGACAGCGACUUUGACCUGUCCCCCAAAGCCAUGUCCAGGAACUCGUCCACCACCAGUGAGCUACACGGAGAAGACAUGAUUGUAACUCCAUUUGCACAAGUGCUGGCCAGCUUGCGAACAGUUCGGAGUAACUUUGCAGUCCUGACCCACCUACAGGAGCGAGUGACCAACAAGAGAUCAUCGGGUAGCAAUCCCCCAUCCAUGUGUAAAGCAAGUCUCCCAGAGGAGACCUAUCAGAAACUGGCGAUCGAGACGCUGGAAGAACUGGACUGGUGUCUGGACCAGCUGGAGACUCUGCAGACCCGUCAUUCUGUCAGUGAGAUGGCCUCCAAUAAGUUUAAAAGGAUGCUGAAUCGAGAGCUGACACACCUAUCAGAAACCAGCCGGUCUGGGAACCAGGUCUCCGAGUUCAUAUCAAACACAUUUUUAGAUAAACAGCAUGAAGUGGAAAUCAUGUCUCCGAUACAAAAAGACAAGGACAAGACAAAGCGGCCCAUGUGCCAGAUUAGCGGGGUUAAGAAGUUAACGCACAGUACCAGCCUGAAUACCUGCAGCAUCCCUCGCUUCGGAGUCAAGACCGACAAGGAAGGACCUUUGACAAAGGAACUAGAAGAAAUCAACAGAUGGGGCCUUGAUGUUUUUAAGAUAGCAGAAUAUUCUGGAAAUCGGCCAUUAACAGUUGUAAUGUACACCAUCUUCCAGGAGAGAGACCUGUUGAAGUCCUUUAAGAUCCCUGUGGACACGUUUAUCACCUUCAUGAUGACCCUGGAAGAUCACUACCACUCGGACGUGGCGUAUCACAACAACAUCCACGCAGCUGACGUGGUCCAGUCUACCCACGUGCUCCUCUCCACACCAGCACUGGAGGCUGUGUUUACAGACCUAGAGAUCCUGGCCGCUAUCUUUGCCAGUGCGAUCCAUGACGUUGAUCACCCGGGGGUAUCGAACCAGUUUCUGAUCAACACAAACUCAGAACUGGCUCUGAUGUACAAUGACUCCUCUGUGCUGGAGAAUCAUCACCUGGCCGUGGGCUUCAAGCUGCUGCAUGAGGAGAACUGUGACGUCUUCCAGAACCUGAGCAAGAAGCAGAGGCAGUCGCUCCGGAAGAUGGUCAUCGACAUGGUACUGGCGACAGACAUGUCGAAACACAUGAACCUGCUGGCUGAUUUGAAAACUAUGGUGGAGACCAAGAAAGUGACGAGUUUAGGGGUCCUGCUGCUGGAUAACUACUCCGACCGAAUACAGGUUCUUCAGAACAUAGUGCACUGCGCUGACCUCAGCAACCCCACCAAGCCUCUGCAGCUGUACCGGCAGUGGACAGACCGUAUCAUGGUGGAGUUCUUCACACAGGGGGACCGCGAGCGCGACAAGGACAUGGAGAUCAGCCCCAUGUGUGACAAGCACAACGCCUCCAUCGAGAAGUCACAGGUGGGCUUCAUCGAUUACAUCGUGCACCCUCUGUGGGAGACCUGGGCUGACCUGGUGCACCCUGACGCCCAGGAUAUUCUGGACACGCUAGAGGACAACCGGGAGUGGUACCAGAGCAUGAUCACACACAGCCCCUCGCCUCCCCCCAAGGAGAGGGAGAAGGAGGGGGGAGCAGCCGGGGAGAAGUUCCAGUUCGAGCUGACGCUGGAGGAGGAGGAGGAGUCUGACACAGAGCAGGACGACAUGGAGAGUCCUGUGGACGAAGAGACCAGCGACUCCAGGACUCCCGUCACAGACAACUCAGAGAGUGGAGAAGGAAUCCCGUGGGCUGCCACAGCUCAGGACAGCAUCGCGGCCAGUGCAAAAGCCACCAUGAACGUCGAUAACCUCAACCCGGCACGCAGAACGUUGGCCAGAUGUGGCAGUAUUAAUGUGCCAGAGGCAGAGACUCGAGCAAUGAGCAUGGAGGAAAAGGAAUAUUUAGUAGACAAAGAACGAAAUGUUAUGUACCUUCCACUGGGAACAUAACACAUGUGCGUUUUCAUUUACAACUUUGCAAAAAUAAAAAGUAUCCUAUCUGUAACAUUAGCCUUACACUGGAAUUGUUCAUUUGGAACUCCUUAAAUGUAGGAUUUGUUUUUCUUCCGAUGACCAACAAAUACAAGCUACUUGCUCUUGUUAAUCUUUGAAGAAGAAAUUGAAACCAGAGUGCUUGAUCUCUCAUGAUGGUGUCACGACAAGCACAGCGAUGGGUUUAGUCAAUGAUGACACAUCAAGCUCUGAACAGUGGAAGAGAAAAAGGAAUUCUAUUGAAAUUGUCUUCCUUCAGUUGAUGUACAGACACGUUUGUAAACUUGGUCUGGGAACUUUUGUACCAGGUAACCCGUGAAAGACUGAUAAUUUUAACAGAUAUUUUCACUUUUCAUUUCAGUUGUUUUAUUUUGUUAUUUUUUUAACCUCAAUUUCCGCAAGUUUUUUGAAAACGCAUUAUAACGCUCAUUACACUUAACCUGCAGUUUUACCAAAAAUACCAACCUGAAUUAAAAAACAAAAAAAUAAAUCACACAACAGAAAUCUCAGGGUAUGAAGGAGAACCACAAACACAGAAUAUAGUCUUUUAAUGUAGCAAGUCGUUCUUGGGUAUCCCUAGUUAUAGAACUGAACUGUAUAAUGGGGUAUUACAAGGGAAUCACCCUCAGAUUCAGGUCACUCUAUGAAGAUUUACUGGGGGAAACCAGUUCCAAACAUCUAAAUUUGAAUUUAUUAGCCUUUAUACAAUUAGGGAUACCCAGCUGAUUGCAUAAAGAGCCUCCUCUUUCCUUUUUCUAUGUAAAGCUAGGUUCCGUUAUACAGUUUUUUUACACUGGUUUUGUCACUUCCUGUUAUGUUGUUUUAGCUACAGUAGCCAAUAAAUGCCUCAUUAGUCAAUUGCUCUUGCAUGUUGCAUGUUGCAACUGUUUUCCUUCUACCACACUAUAAACUAACUUCCUGUGUUACACAGGAAGUGAAUGGGGGGAACUUCUACGGCUAGAUUCACAGCCCCCAAUUCUCACUACCUUUGGACUUGUGUUACCCAAGGCAGACCAAGAGGGUGAGUGAAACCAAACAAUAAUCAAUGCGAAGUCUGGAAAACCAAAAGAUGAGCCGCAAAACAAAAAGGGGCUUGGACGCGCCUUUGUUAUGAGAUACUUUUGGGGUUCUGUAUUGCCAGUCUCCCUACAGAGUGCACUUCAAUGCCUUUACCCUACCACUUUACCCCUAGCCAGAGUAGCUCUACAACUACCCUGGGCUCAGCCAUGCCACCUAUAGUAUGCAACUCAUAAUAGUAAUGAAUGAUACAUCCUAAAAACUGUCCAACACAGGGUUUAAAAGCAACCUCGCCCUCUUUCUUGUGCUGAAGAUCAUGGCUCGUUUGCUUUGUCAUUAUUGCAGAUAUUAAUAUUUGAAAGUAAUGAAGGAUAAAGCAUUGAACUGCUACUGCCUGGCACCCAUUCACAUACCAAAAAGCAGCAGUAAAAAUGACUUCAGAAUCAUAAAAAUCGGUGCCGUUAAUGCCAGUAUUGGAAAUGUAAUUUAAAAGCCCUGGUUAUCACUCAUUUAAAGAUGAUAUAUAUAUUAUAGGUUCGUUUGGCCAAUUAUCUUACCUGUUUGUCAUCGUUUGCAAUAGUUUCAAGCAGUUCUGAUGUAUGUUGCUCCAAUAAGGAGUCGUAUUCAAUUGUUUAUUAUUUUCAUCUAAGUAAUUUAUUGAAUGCUAAGGGCUCACGCACUAUUUCCUUAAUGCUGAAUUAAACUCUAUGUCAUUGCAGCCCUGUAUUAUCUAGUUUAUUUCUGCACCGUAAAGGGUUAAACCCCUGUCCGUGGCAAAAUGCACCCCACACACGGUUAAGUUAUAA